CCUAAUCAUUACGUUUAUUUGAUUUUGUUGGUUGCAAUUAUCGUGAUAAGUCGUAAUUUUUAGUGUUUAAUUUUAAGUGUUAGUUAUUAGUAAAAAAUAGUGUUAUCUUUAUUAUAUUUAGAGUUUUAAUCGCUAAAACUAACUAAAAGAACCAAAAUGGAAGAGAUUAAACUCAUACCAAGAGAAAUACUAUGUAUCAUCCCCAAAUUUGAUGGAGAUGAAAAACUGUUAAACCUAUUUAUCAAUAAAAGCGAAUACAUUAUAAGAUCAUUCCAAGAUGCGAACAAUAACGCACAAAACUUAUAUGUAUAUCAUGCCAUAACGAGUAGGCUUAUCGGUAAGGCAGCUUCACUGCUUAGUGAUUACCAAAAUAUAACUUCAUGGACUGAAUUAAAGGAAAUACUUACCCAACAUUUCGGAGACCCGCGAUCGGAAGAAUGUAUCGCACUAGAAUUAGAAGGGUUAAAAAUAAAACAAGGUGAAAGUUACAUACAGUUUUGCCACAGAAUACAAAAUGUUAAAAGCUCCCUAUUUUCAAAAGUAAACCGCCUCACGGAUGAAGGAGUUAAAGCCGCGAAGAUGAUCAUAUACAAUAAUACUGCGUUAAAUGUUUUUCUGUACAACCUCCCGGAGGACAUGAUCCGGAUUGUUAGAUUAAGGGGUUGUACAAACUUAGAAAAUGCACUUAGCGUAGUUACAGAAGAAGUAAAUUUUAUACAACAAUAUAACGCAAAGACUAGUAAGCCAAAACCUAUAACUCAAAACACUUUCCAAAAUCCAUUAAAACCUAAUUUUAGUACGAUGCCUUUAAAUCAAAACUUUAAAUACGGCAGUCCUCAACAGCCAAUUGGUUAUAGACCGAAUUUCGCUCAACAACCUCGACCAAAUUUAAUGCAACCACCUCGACCAAAUUUUAUUCAACAGUUAAGGCAAACACCACAAGCCCAAGGCUAUAAAUUUGGCACACAAUCUAAUAAUAACCACCAAUUGCGACCUUUUCAAAAUUCCGGUUAUAAAUUUGGAAUCCCAAAUCAACAAACAGACCAACCUCGUUUUAAAUUUGGCAUACAACAUGCCCAGGCACCGAACCCCGGCUUAAAUAGCGAUGUAUCAAUGCGCACGGCACCUAUAAGGCACAACGAAACUCAUAAUCUAUAUUACUGCGAUGAACCAAAUUAUGAAAAUUACGAUAACUCAACUUUAAAUUAUAAAGAAGACGCCGCGAACGAGUUAUACGAUUCUACCGAUCCGGAAGUAACUGAAAGCAAUUUUAAUGACAAUAACGAAUUUUCUGUUACCGGCCUCCGACGAGACAGUGAAAUAAUUAAUUUAAAUUAUUGUGACAGCAGCUUAAAAUUACCACAUAUUAAAGUUCCCGAAAUAAAAGCAAAGUUUCUCAUAGAUACAGGAAGCAGUCGUUCUUUUAUAAGUCCGGCCAAAGCAGAAGAAUAUUUUAGAGACCAUAAACAGUGGUCGCGCCAAUAUAAAAAAUACGUAAAUGUAUUCUCGAUAUAA